AUGUCUCCAUACACGGCCAUCAUCCGUCGAAGCGGCAACCCAUUCGAGCUUGCGCACGUGUUGGUAUCGUGGCUGGUGGGCGGCGGGUACGACGCGUACGUGGUGGUUGGCUGCGCGCAACGGGACGUUUGCAUGGCCAUACGGUAUCGCACUGACUGCCCACAUCUGCCUGAUGAGAAUCCGGUAGUUGAGGCACCGCCACCUCCAGACACAGAGCCACGCUAUCGUCUGGUGCCUUUGCCAGAUUUCUCGUCCAAGUACUGCAAGGAUAUGGCAAAGAAGGAGGCUGACCAGAAACAAGCUGAUAUCGAAAAAGCGGAAAAAGCGAGGAGAGACAGAAUUGCGGAAUUAGAAAAGCCACCACCGGACAAGAUAGACGGAUGGCGCACCCACGCAUGGGUGCUGGUGCUGCCGGGUUUCAUGGGCAUCGAGGAGCCAUUCUUCAUAGAACCAAGUGACGGGAAUCGUUAUCCAUUGGACUCAAAGCAGUACCAGCAGCUGGACUCUGUUUAUAAUCAUGAAAAUUAUUAUGUGAAUAUCCAGUCGUGUGCCGACGGUCUAGGCAGCCUGAGUUACGAUCUUAGCGACCUGCAGUGCUGGGAGCACUUGCUGGCCGGAGAGCCUCAUCAUCGACGGCAGCUGGUUGGCAUUGACACGGCCGACAAAUCCUCAGCCAUAUUCACUGAGAAACAUCUAGACGCGCCCACCAGUUGGGUGGAGAAGUUGGAUAUUUGCGCUGACGAAUAUGAGCAACGUUACCCUGGGAGUCAUAAAGUGAUUCAUUAUAAGAAAGUACUGAUGGAACUAUUCUCUCCGUACUCGAAGACAGACGGCAUCGUCAAGAGAAUCAAGAUUUUUGAGGACUACGCGCUUAGCGUGCCAUUGCUUACAUACGAAUGGUACCAGAAUAGAGUGGAUAAGAUGGAGUGCUCGCGACUGGAUCACAAAAAGAAAGAGAUGCGUGAAACUUUCGGGAUCGGCAGGAAAGAUCAUUUGUUAAAACACGAGUACGCGGUGGAGGCGCCGGUGACGUCAGUGGAGGCGCACCGCACUCUGCACUUUAACUACUACCCGCGUCUCGACCACCUCGACAGGAUUCAGUGCACGCCGCUCACAUUCGACGAGUACUAUAUUGACAGGAGCGAUAGGUUAGAAUCCAGAUUGAUUUCGUAUACCGAAGGCACCAAGGCAGAACCAAAACGCAGUCUAAAAGACGUUAUAGAGACGUACAGUAGGAAUCCAGAUGUUCCUGCAAGAGACGAUGUGUGGAAAAGAAUCUUUCAUAUGCAGGAAAAUGCAAUUGAACUGCUCUACCAUUACGACUACAAUUUCGUAACAAACGAUACACGGAGUUUUAUUAAACCCAAUUUAGCGGAGACUGGGGGAAAAAUAUUAUUCUACCCUGAUAAGACUGCGGGUUAUGUUGUAAGUGAUCACUACUAA